GUAAACAAUAUCGCAACCCAUUACUACCUUCAAUAUCUACUACUACCUGUCUAUCAUAAUCCAAACAAACUCAUUUCUUUCCUCCCAUCUGUCCUUCUGACAGAAAGUGAUACCAAAACAAAAUCCAAUACCUCUGAAAAUGCCACACAAAGAUACCAACUCGUUGCCCAACGGCACAGACAGUACCUCUGAUUCUUCCGCCAACCGCCUCGCAGCAACGGGAAAUACCCUCGGCGCGUCCGCCUUUGGCACAGGCAUGGACCAGAACAGUGCCACGAUACCCGAAUACUUGUCCACGGGCUCGGAGGAUCUCAGGCCUUUGAGCAAGGAGGAAGCGGAGAGAUUAUACGAGGAGAGAAUUGAGGAGGAAUAUGCCAAGCGGGAGGGAGGUGCUUGAUUAAGUGGUUGCUUUGAUUCAUAAUGAUCUCUACGGAGUAUUGUGUAUAUAUAUUAUCAGAUUGACCUGCAUAUUCACCAUAAAACUGAAGUAAAUACAUCA